GGUGACACGUGUGCUUCAAUCAACAGCCUUCUUGACACCAACAUAACAGAUCUAAACCGUAACAUUAACUGCUCACAACCUCUCGUCCCUGGAAAGCGAAUAUGUGUGCGGCACAACCCUGACGUGCCCACACCCCCAGUGGCAGCCUGCAUGGUUCAUCACUUUUUCGAUCCGGAGACGCACACAUGCCAGCAGCUCUCCAGGCUCGGCUACGGGUUCAGCCUCAUGAGCUACUCAAAGCUUUUCCUCGCCAACCCCGCUCUCUACUGCGACCAACUGCUGCCUGGUGCAGCUGGGUGGGACGACUCGGUUCUCGACUCG